AUGAACUCAAUGUUCAAUUGCAGCAGCCAGAAUUUGGUUUCUUGUGACACCUGUGGAAGACAUUUUGUACAAGAUGCUCUGUUGAGACAUGAGCCAAUAUGCAGAAAAGUUUUCAACAAAAAGCGCAAGCCAUUCAACUCUCUGAAACAAAGACUACAAGGGACUGAAAUUCCAACAGGAAAGAGGAAGCCACCACCAAAGAACCAGACAAAAAAGUCUAAUUGGAGACAACAGCAUGAGAACUUCAUUACUGCAAUCAGAGCUGCCAAGCUUGCGACUAAAGCCAUGAAAGAAGGCCAGCCCUUGCCGCCGCCACCAUCUCCAACCAUUAAUCCAGAUUACAUUCAGUGCCCUUACUGCAUGAGAAGAUUUAAUGAGGCUGCUGCAGAACGGCACAUCAAUUUCUGCAAAGAACAAGCAGCCAGGCGUGCCUUUGCACCAGGCCAGAAAGGAGCCAAACAGGCGUCCGGAAAACAAACAACUUCCAAAAAAGGACCAACCUUGACAAGUGCUGUGGGAACUCUGCUACAGAACAGGGCACCAGAAGGCACAAGCCCAAGCCAGCCUGAAACAAGUCAGGAUCAAAGCAUUUCAAAUCAAUGUUCAAAAAGAACAUCGUAAAAAGAAAUUCAUUAUAGUUCCACAGUGCACUCAAGAGCUGGAACACAUUCCAGCUACUACUGCUGCUUCCUGAACAUUCUUGCAUCAACUGUUGAUCUAUUUAUUAUAUAUGAGUUGACCAUUAGAACUACACUAAUAAAUAUACAGUAUUA